GAUCCGACGGCUGGACAGCGCAAGGUCUGGGAGCUCAAUCAAUGGCGCGGCCUGGACGGGAAUCUGGAGGAACUCUCAAGACGCUGGAAAAGUUGGAGAAGAAUGUUCGCGAUGGAAAGUUCUAUGAGGCCCAGCAGAUGUACAAAACAAUCUUUGCGAGAUACAUGGCUUCGAAGAAACACACCGAAGCAUUGGAUUUGCUGCAAUCUGGAGCUUCAAUCCAGCUCCGACACGGUCAGGUGACUUGUGGAGUAGAACUUGGAUUGUUGCUCGUCGAGGGAAUGACGACGAUUAAACUGGCGUAUGGUCCGGAGGCUUUGGAUAGAAUUAAGGCCGUUUUCAAAGAGUUUCCACGAUCGCCAACGCUCGAGGCGCAAUAUUCUACGAAGACGCUAAUCGAAGGCGUCUCGACCUUCAUGAAGGCGGCGAUCAGAUGGUCUUCAGAGUUUGGCGCUCCCAGCAGAGGCUCUCCUGAAUUACACGAGUUGCUAGCCGAUUUCCUUGCCAGAGAAUCACCCCAACCUGACCUUGCAAAAGCCUUUUACCAUUAUGUUCGUGGAAACAAUCCUAGUGCCUUCGCAUCGGCCAUCAUCAGCGGCAUGCUGGAGCCUGAGGAAGGUGAUCUUCUUCUUGCGCGCGGGGUUUUCUUGUACUUGUCUAUGGGAAACCUCAGGGACGCCAAUAAGCUCUUCGAUGAACUACAUUCUCAGCUCAAGGACUCGUCACAAGCAAGCGUCUUGGCAUCUCCUCUCACACAUUUGGCGAAGUUUAUCUUGCUAACUCUUGAGAGGGACGCCCUCCCUUUGUUUAGGAUGCUCCGCGAGAACUACAAGUCAAGUCUAGACCGGGAUCCUUCUCUUAACGAGCUCCUCGAUGUUGUAGCGGAGAAGUUUUACAAUGUCCAACAACGCAAGAAUGGUUUGUUUGGAGAUUUGAUGAAGAUGUUAACAGAUGGAGGAGCUUAGGCCUAUAUAUUUUCUCCGUGGAAAAUUUUCAUCAAUUUAAUCAAGUACGCUCAUUAAGACUUA